CGAACGCACAAGCUGUAUGGUGCGAACUAGAUCUUGUGGUGAUCGUGAAGCUCGCCAACACCAGUGCCCUUCAUCUGCGGUAAGCCCUCGAAGCUUCCCUAACAGUAUCGACGAGUAACCCAUGUACAAACUACGAAGAAAUUAUAUAAUCAAACAAUGCAUUUGCUUUUGCAUACUAGUUGUUAGACGUUGAUCCGUUUUCGUUUUGCGCGUUUGUAGCUAAUAAAGAAGUGCAGAAACACGGACGUGAGCGGGACCAGUAAUUUCAAUUGCAUAUAGAAAAAAUAUAAAUUUGAAUCGAAAACCAGGUGGCCGAAGUGGGAUUCAAGGAAACCGCGAGCGGGAGCAAGAAGCUUGACGAAGACGCAUUACGGUGGAGGACACGUUCUUUGUUCUCUUUACUGACUGCAGGUGCGGUCCCAUCUGAUGACAUACGGCACUUGAGGCGGUUUUCACAAUUGCUAACAUCGUCUUGGAGUGGACCACGUGGUCCACCUGCAGACCAGGAG